AUGGGCCGCACGGGUCAAGAAGACGCACAAGAAACAGCUGUGAGUCCAGAAGUGAGUGACUGUGAACGCCCCACGGCCCCAGAGAGAGGGCGGGGCCACCAGGGGACCGUUCAGCCACAUGGAGAUGAGAUCAUAGGAAUGGAGAAAACGAAGACAAAACCCUGCAACAUGUGGAGCUGGUCUACAGACUCCAGGAUGCACCGGGUCCUGCUUUCACAGACCGGGCUUUUGUUGGAAGCUCUGGGUCUGUUUCCUCUGUCGCCUACAGCUCUGGGUCCGUUUCCUCUGUCGCCUACAGCUCUGGGUCCGUUUCCUCUGUCGCCUACAGCUCUGGGUCCGUUUCCUCUGUCGCCUACAGCUCUGGGUCCGUUUCCUCUGUCGCCUACAGCUCUGGGUCCGUUUCCUCUGUCGCCUACAGCUCUGGGUCCGUUUCCUCUGUCGCCUACAGCUCUGGGUCCGUUUCCUCUGUCGCCUACAGCUCUGGGUCCGUUUCCUCUGUCGCCUACAGCUCUGGGUCCGUUUCCUCUGUCGCCUACAGCUCUGGGUCCGUUUCCUCUGUCGCCUACAGCUCUGGGUCCGUUUCCUCUGUCGCCUACAGCUCUGGGUCCGUUUCCUCUGUCGCCUACAGCUCUGGGUCCGUUUCCUCUGUCGCCUACAGCUCUGGGUCCGUUUCCUCUGUCGCCUACAGCUCUGGGUCCGUUUCCUCUGUCGCCUACAGCUCUGGGUCCGUUUCCUCUGUCGCCUACAGCUCUGGGUCCGUUUCCUCUGUCGCCUACAGCUCUGGGUCCGUUUCCUCUGUCGCCUACAGCUCUGGGUCCGUUUCCUCUGUCGCCUACAGCUCUGGGUCCGUUUCCUCUGUCGCCUACAGCUCUGGGUCCGUUUCCUCUGUCGCCUACAGCUCUGGGUCCGUUUCCUCUGUCGCCUACAGCUCUGGGUCCGUUUCCUCUGUCGCCUACAGCUCUGGGUCCGUUUCCUCUGUCGCCUACAGCUCUGGGUCCGUUUCCUCUGUCGCCUACAGCUCUGGGUCCGUUUCCUCUGUCGCCUACAGCUCUGGGUCCGUUUCCUCUGUCGCCUACAGCUCUGGGUCCGUUUCCUCUGUCGCCUACAGCUCUGGGUCCGUUUCCUCUGUCGCCUACAGCUCUGGGUCCGUUUCCUCUGUCGCCUACAGCUCUGGGUCCGUUUCCUCUGUCGCCUACAGCUCUGGGUCCGUUUCCUCUGUCGCCUACAGCUCUGGGUCCGUUUCCUCUGUCGCCUACAGCUCUGGGUCCGUUUCCUCUGUCGCCUACAGCUCUGGGUCCGUUUCCUCUGUCGCCUACAGCUCUGGGUCCGUUUCCUCUGUCGCCUACAGCUCUGGGUCCGUUUCCUCUGUCGCCUACAGCUCUGGGUCCGUUUCCUCUGUCGCCUACAGCUCUGGGUCCGUUUCCUCUGUCGCCUACAGCUCUGGGUCCGUUUCCUCUGUCGCCUACAGCUCUGGGUCCGUUUCCUCUGUCGCCUACAGCUCUGGGUCCGUUUCCUCUGUCGCCUACAGCUCUGGGUCCGUUUCCUCUGUCGCCUACAGCUCUGGGUCCGUUUCCUCUGUCGCCUACAGCUCUGGGUCCGUUUCCUCUGUCGCCUACAGCUCUGGGUCCGUUUCCUCUGUCGCCUACAGCUCUGGGUCCGUUUCCUCUGUCGCCUACAGCUCUGGGUCCGUUUCCUCUGUCGCCUACAGCUCUGGGUCCGUUUCCUCUGUCGCCUACAGCUCUGGGUCCGUUUCCUCUGUCGCCUACAGCUCUGGGUCCGUUUCCUCUGUCGCCUACAGCUCUGGGUCCGUUUCCUCUGUCGCCUACAGCUCUGGGUCCGUUUCCUCUGUCGCCUACAGCUCUGGGUCCGUUUCCUCUGUCGCCUACAGCUCUGGGUCCGUUUCCUCUGUCGCCUACAGCUCUGGGUCCGUUUCCUCUGUCGCCUACAGCUCUGGGUCCGUUUCCUCUGUCGCCUACAGCUCUGGGUCCGUUUCCUCUGUCGCCUACAGCUCUGGGUCCGUUUCCUCUGUCGCCUACAGCUCUGGGUCCGUUUCCUCUGUCGCCUACAGCUCUGGGUCCGUUUCCUCUGUCGCCUACAGCUCUGGGUCCGUUUCCUCUGUCGCCUACAGCUCUGGGUCCGUUUCCUCUGUCGCCUACAGCUCUGGGUCCGUUUCCUCUGUCGCCUACAGCUCUGGGUCCGUUUCCUCUGUCGCCUACAGCUCUGGGUCCGUUUCCUCUGUCGCCUACAGCUCUGGGUCCGUUUCCUCUGUCGCCUACAGCUCUGGGUCCGUUUCCUCUGUCGCCUACAGCUCUGGGUCUGUUUCCUCUGUCUCCUACAGCUCUGGGUCUGUUUCCUCUGUCUCCUACAGCUCUGGGUCUGUUUCCUCUGUCGCCUACUGCUCUGGGUCCGUUUCCUCUGUCGCCUACAGCUCUGGGUCCGUUUCCUCUGUCGCCUUACAGCUCUAGGUCCGUUUCCUCUGUCGCCUACAGCUCUGGGUCUGUUUCCUCUGUCUCCUACAGCUCUGGGUCUGUUUCCUCUGUCGCCUACAGCUCUGGGUCAGUUUCCUCUGUCGCCUACAGCUCUGGGUCCGUUUCCUCUGUCGCCUACAGCUCUGGGUCCGUUUCCUCUGUCGCCUACAGCUCUGGGUCCGUUUCCUCUGUCGCCUACAGCUCUGGGUCUGUUUCCUCUGUCUCCUACAGCUCUGGGUCCGCUCUGUGUGGAGUGAGAGACUAG